CACGAAAACUACAAAACUGCCUGCCCGGAUAAGCAACUCUCCAAGGUCUCGAAUGCGGCCUGUCUAGUUGCAGCUGCCUGAUGCCUACGCUGUCCAAGAAUUGGACGGCGUUAUCCGCUAUUCCAGCAGACAGCUUAAAAUCCCUCGCAGAUGGCGCCAAUACUCGUCGCGCACGCGCCUCACGAAAGCCGCCAGCCAGACAAGCGAGCUGAGAGAUGUCGUCGGCGGCGGCAGCGGAGUACCCGUGGCGCUCGCAGGUCCUCGGCGAAGCCGUGGCGGCGCAGCGCAGCCGCAGCCGCAGCGCGCUGGUGCUGGCGUCGUAUCCGCUGCUGCUGCUCCUCGUCAUCCUGGCCGCGUUCGUCAGGUACCUGUGGGUCGCGCUCACCAUGUACUGCGCGCUCCUCUUCGCGCUCUCGUGCGCCGCUCGCAGCCUCUCCGUCCGGUCUGCCGCCGCCUCGGCGGCGAGGGUCAGCCGCGGCGGGCUCUCGGCCACGGCCAUCGCCGCGGUCGCGCCGGCGUUCCCGUACAAGGACGACGCCGCCGCGGCGCAGUGCGCUGUGUGCCUCGAGGGGAUGAAAGACGGGGAGGCGGCGCGGCGGCUGCCGGCGUGCUCGCACGCGUUCCACGCCGGCUGCAUCGACAUGUGGCUCGACUCGCACGCGACGUGCCCGGUGUGCAGGUCCCACGUAGUGCCGCUGCCGCGCAAGGCCGGCAAACAACCGCCGCCCGAACUGCUGCUCGUGCAUCCGUCGCCGGAGCCGCCACUGCCGCCGGUUUAGUUCAAUAGUUCCGCGUGGAUUCCGGCCAGGGUGCGUCAUGUACCGGCUGCAGUGUAGUUUCGACUUACGUUUACACUGUUUUUUUGGUAUAUUAGUAUGUAUAUGUAUGGAAAUAUCUAUAGUUGUGCCAGGAUGUUUUCUACUGGUUGUAUAUAUGCAAUGCAGCGUAGUUAUCAAUGAUUGUCUGCUAGAAACGUUGCAGCCUGUCAAA